GUCACGUGGGGGCGCCGGCUGCGCCUGCGGAGAAGCGGUGGCCGCCGAGCGGGAUCCGUGCGGGGAGCCGGAAAUGGUUGUGGACUACGUCUGUGCGGCUGCGUGGGGCUCGGCCGCGCGGACUGAAGGAGACUGAAGGCCCUCGGAUGCCCAGAACCUGUAGGCCGCACCGUGGACUUAUUCUUAACCGAGGGGGUGCUGGGGGGACCCUGAUGUGGCACCAAAUGAAAUGAACAAAGCUCCACAGCCCACAGGCCCCCCACCUGCCCCAUCCCCUGGACUCCCACAGCCAGCGUUUCCCCCGGGGCAGACUGCACCGGUGGUGUUCAGUACGCCACAAGCGACACAAAUGAACACGCCUUCUCAGCCCCGCCAGCAUUUCUACCCUAGCCGGGCCCAGCCCCCCAGCAGUGCAGCCUCCCGAGUGCAGAGUGCAGCCCCCGCCCGUCCCGGCCCAGCUGCCCAUGUCUACCCUGCUGGAUCCCAAGUAAUGAUGAUCCCGUCCCAGAUCUCCUACUCAGCCUCCCAGGGGGCCUACUAUAUCCCCGGACAGGGGCGCUCCACCUAUGUUGUCCCGACACAGCAGUACCCUGUGCAGCCAGGAGCCCCAGGCUUCUACCCGGGUGCAGGCCCUACUGAGUUUGGGACCUACGCCGGCGCCUACUACCCAGCCCAAGGUGUGCAGCAGUUUCCUGCUGGCGUGGCCCCUGCCCCUGUUUUGAUGAACCAGCCACCCCAGAUUGCUCCUAAGAGGGAGCGUAAAACAAUUCGAAUUCGAGAUCCAAACCAAGGAGGGAAGGAUAUCACGGAGGAGAUCAUGUCUGGGGCUCGUACCGCCUCCACACCCACCCCUCCACAGACGGGAGGUGGUCUGGAGCCUCAACCGAAUGGGGAGACGCCCCAGGUUGCUGUCAUUGUCCGGCCAGAUGACCGGUCACAGGGAACAGUCAUUGGGGGCCGGCCAGGGCUGUCUGGCCCGGAGCACAGCCCUUCAGAAUCCCAGCCUUCAUCACCUUCUCCAACCCCAUCACCACCCCCAAUCUUAGAACCGGGGUCUGAGCCUAAUCUCGGAGUCCUCUCUAUUCCUGGGGACACUUUGACAACGGGGAUGAUACAGAUGUCUGUAGAAGAAUCAACCCCCAUCUCUCGUGAAACUGGGGAGCCAUAUUGCCUCUCUCCAGAACCCACUCUUGCUGAACCCAUACUGGAAGUAGAAGUGACACUCAGCAAACCAAUUCCAGAACCUGAGUUCUCUUCCAGUCCUCUCCAGGUUCCUACCCCUCUGGCACCUCGCAAGAUGGAAAUUCAUGAGCCUAAUGGCAUGGUCCCAUCUGAGGAUCUGGAACCAGAGGCGGAGUCAAGCCCAGAGCUUGCCCCUCACCCUCUUGCUGUGUGUCCUUCUGAGUCCCCUGUGCUUAUUGCUCCGACUGCCCAACCUGAGGAACUGCUCAAUGGAGCCCCCUCGCCACCAGCUCUGGACUUAAGCCCAGUCAGUGAGCCCGAGGAACAGGCCAAGGAGGUCGUCGCGUCCGUGGAUCCCCCCACCGUCCUCUCUGGCACUCCAGUUCCUCCAGCUACUUCCCCUGCCCAGGAGGAGGAAAUAGAGGAAGAGGAGGAAGAGGAAGAGGAGGAGGAGGAAGAAGGAGCUGAAGUGGAGAAUGAGAAGGGAGAAGAGGAACUCCCCUCGGAAAGCACCCCCGUCUCAUCCCACUCAUCCCAGAAUUUGGAAGCAGCAGCAUCCAUCCAAGUGGCAGUAUCUGUGCCAAAGAGAAGACGGAAAAUUAAGGAGCUAAAUAAGAAGGAGGCCGUGGGAGACCUUCUAGAUGCCUUCAAGGAGGAGAACCCAGCAGUACCAGAGGUGGAGAACCAGCCUCCUGCAGGCAACAACCCAGGCCCAGAGCCUGAGGGAAACAGUGUGCCCCCACGGCCUGAAGAAGCAGAAGAGACCUGGGACUCCAAGGAAGACAAAAUUCAGAAUGCUGAGAAUAUCCAGCCCAGCGAGCAGAAGUAUGAAUAUAAGUCAGAUCAGUGGAAGCCACUAAACCUUGAGGAGAAGAAGCGUUAUGACCGGGAGUUCCUGCUUGGCUUCCAGUUCAUCUUUGCCAGUAUGCAGAAGCCAGAGGGCUUGCCUCAUAUCACUGAUGUGGUGCUGGAUAAGGCCAAUAAAACACCUUUGCGGCCACUGGAUCCCUCCAGACUACCUGGCACGAAUUGUGGCCCAGACUUCACUCCAUCCUUUGCCAACCUUGGCCGACCAAUCAUUAGCAGCCGUGGGCCCCCAAGGGGUGGGCCAGGUGGGGAGCUUCCCCGAGGGCCGCAGGCUGGCCUGGGACCCAGGCGCUCUCAGCAGGGCCCCCGAAAAGAGCCUCGCAAGAUCAUCGCCACGGUGUUAAUGAGUGAAGAUAUAAAACUGAACAAAGCGGAGAAGGCUUGGAAACCCAGCAGCAAACGGACAGCAGCUGAUAAGGACCGUGGGGAAGAAGAUGCUGAUGGCAGCAAAACCCAGGACCUGUUCCGCAGGGUGCGUUCCAUCCUGAAUAAGCUGACACCCCAGAUGUUCCAGCAGCUGAUGAAGCAGGUGACACAGCUGGCCAUUGAUACUGAGGAACGCCUCAAAGGAGUCAUAGACCUCAUCUUUGAGAAGGCGAUUUCAGAGCCCAACUUCUCUGUGGCCUACGCCAACAUGUGCCGCUGUCUCAUGGCGCUGAAAGUGCCCACUACAGAAAAGCCUGCCGGGACUGUCAACUUCCGAAAACUCUUGUUGAAUCGAUGUCAGAAAGAGUUUGAAAAAGACAAAGAUGAUGAUGAGGUUUUUGAAAAAAAGCAAAAAGAGAUGGAUGAAGCUGCUACGGCAGAGGAGCGAGGCCGCCUGAAGGAAGAGCUGGAAGAGGCGCGGGACAUAGCCCGCCGGCGGUCUCUAGGAAACAUCAAGUUUAUUGGGGAGCUCUUCAAACUGAAGAUGCUCACAGAGGCAAUCAUGCAUGACUGCGUGGUCAAGCUACUAAAGAACCACGAUGAGGAGUCCCUGGAGUGCCUCUGUCGUCUGCUCACUACCAUUGGCAAAGACCUAGACUUCGCCAAAGCCAAGCCCCGAAUGGAUCAGUAUUUCAACCAGAUGGAAAAAAUCAUUAAGGAAAAGAAGACUUCAUCUCGCAUCCGUUUUAUGCUUCAGGAUGUGCUAGAUCUGCGGCAGAGCAAUUGGGUGCCACGCCGAGGGGAUCAGGGUCCUAAGACCAUCGACCAGAUCCACAAGGAAGCGGAGAUGGAAGAGCAUCGGGAACACAUCAAAGUGCAGCAGCUCAUGGCCAAGGGCAGCGAUAAGCGUCGGGGUGGUCCUCCAGGCCCCCCCAUCAGCCGAGGCCCUCCCCACGUGGACGAUGGUGGCUGGAACACAGUCCCCAUCAGCAAAGGCAGCCGCCCCAUUGACACCUCACGACUCACCAAAAUCACAAAGCCUAACUCCAUUGACUCUAACAACCAGUGUUUUGCCCCUGGAGGACGACUGAGCUGGGGCAAAGGCAGUAGUGGGGGUUCAGGAGCUAAGCCCUCUGAUGCAGCAUCAGAAGCUGCUCGUCCAACUACCAGUACCUUGAAUCGCUUCUCAGCCCUUCAACAAGCAGUACCUACGGAAAGCACAGAUAACCGACGGGUUGUACAGAGGAGUAGCUUGAGCCGGGAACGAGGUGAGAAAGCCGGGGACCGGGGAGACCGACUAGAGCGGAGUGAACGGGGAGGGGACCGUGGGGACCGGCUCGACCGCGCAAGAACACCUGCCACCAAGCGCAGCUUCAGCAAGGAGGUAGAGGAGCGGAGUAGAGAGCGUUCCUCCCAGCCUGAAGGACUGCGCAAGGCAGCUAGCCUCACAGAGGACCGCGGACGGGAUACUGUGAAGCGAGAAGCUGCCUUGCCUCCAGUAAACCCCCCGAAGGCUGCACUCACUGAAGAGGAGCUGGGGAAGAAAUCCAAGGCCAUCAUUGAGGAAUACCUCCAUCUCAAUGACAUGAAGGAGGCAGUUCAGUGUGUGCAGGAGCUGGCUUCACCUUCCCUGCUCUUCAUUUUCGUGCGGCAUGGCAUCGAGUCCACACUGGAGCGCAGCACCAUUGCUCGGGAGCACAUGGGGCGGCUGCUGCACCAGCUGCUCUGCGCUGGGCACCUCUCCACUGCCCAGUACUACCAAGGGCUGUAUGAAACUCUGGAAUUGGCUGAGGACAUGGAAAUUGACAUCCCCCAUGUGUGGCUUUACCUGGCAGAACUGGUAACACCCAUGCUACAGGAAGGUGGGGUUCCCAUGGGAGAGCUCUUCAGGGAGAUUACAAAGCCACUGAGACCCAUGGGCAAAGCUGCUUCCCUGUUGCUGGAGAUCCUGGGUCUGUUGUGCAAAAGCAUGGGUCCCAAAAAGGUGGGGGUGCUGUGGCGAGAGGCGGGGCUCAGCUGGAAGGAAUUUCUACCCGAAGGCCAGGACGUGGGUGCAUUCAUUGCUGAGCAGAAGGUAGAAUAUACCCUGGGAGAGGAGCCUGAAACUCCUGGGCAGAGGACGCUUGCUUUCGAGGAACUCAGAAGGCAGCUGGAAAAGCUGUUGAAGGAGGGCAACGGUAACCAGCGGGUGUUCGACUGGAUAGAGGCCAACUUGAAUGAACAGCAGAUAGCAUCCAAUACAUUAGUUCGAGCCCUUAUGACAACUGUCUGCUAUUCUGCAAUUAUCUUUGAGACUCCUCUCCGAGUGGACGUCGCAGUGCUGAAAGCGCGAGCGAGGCUGCUACAGAAAUACCUGUGUGACGCACAGAAGGAGCUGCAAGCGCUCUAUGCCCUCCAGGCCCUCAUAGUGACCUUAGAACAGCCUGCCAACCUGCUUAGGGCGUUCUUUGAUGCGCUGUAUGAUGAGGACGUGGUGAAGGAGGAUGCUUUCUACAGCUGGGAGAACAGCAAGGACCCCGCGGAGCAGCAGGGCAAGGGCGUGGCCCUUAAGUCUGUCACAACCUUCUUCAAUUGGCUUCGUGACGUAGAGGAGGAAGAGUCUGACCACAACUGAGGGCGGGUGGGGGUGGGGACUCGGAGCCCCAUGGACACAAGGAUGGCCCGGCCAGCCGUCUGGACUGCAGGGGGGUAGCAGCGGCGGCGGCGGCGGCGGCGGGUGCCUGUAGUGCGAUGUGUCUGAGCUAAUAAAGUGGCUGAUGAGGCAGGAUGGCCUAGGGCUGCCUGGGGACCCCCCCUCCAGGAUGCCGCCGGUGUCCCUUUCCUCCCCCGGGCACAGAGAUAUAUUAUAUAUAAAGUCUUGAAAUUUGGUGUGUCUUGGGGGUGGGGCGCCGCCACCUGCCCCCGGGGGGUCCUUUUUUAUUUUCUGAAAAUCACUCUUGGGACUGCCGUCCUCGCUGCUGGGGGCAGAUGCCCCAGCCCCUGCGCCACCCCUGCUGCUGCCUGGGCAGGGGGAAGGGGGGCACGGUGCCUGUAAUUAUUAAACAUGAAUUCAAUUAAGCUC